AUGAAAUUUGUUUCUCCACAAGCAGAGAUUGACAUUUUUGAAGCCAUGGACGUAAAUCCCCACACUGUAGGUCUGCAGAAGGUACAAGGCCUUGAAGGAGAAUUCGGAGAUGCGUACAAGAUCGAGAAAAACAUCUCCCGGAUGGAGCUACCGAGUAGUUACUUGGAGCAGAUGCGGUUUCUUUUGAACAAUAAAAGACGAAUGGUUAUCAUGGCUAACGUGAAGGUUAUGCAUAAUUCUCGCGGAACACUGUUUUCUCUAGAACGCAGAAGGAAAGGUAUGAACUGUCUAACAAAUAUUAAUGACAAAUCAAGCAGAUUUACUUUAUUUUUACGAAAUCAUAUAUUAUUUCUGCGCAGAGACCAGUACGUGUUAGUAAUACAGGACGUUUGUAGGACAUCAAGCGGUCGACAUUACCAUGACUGAAUAACCGCUGACCUUUCCCUGUGUGCUUAUAUCCCAUGUGGGAGCCUUGUACAGAAUUAAAUUUAGAUUUGUGGUACUAUAAUACCGUACUUCUCGAAAUAAGCCCAGGGCGAUCACUUAAAAUACUAGGCGCUUACUCGAAGUAUAAUCGAGGGUAACCGCUUAUUAAGUUCAACUAACUGAAGCGUUACUUUUGAAGAAACAACUUCAAUUCUAUUUCAAAUUAACAAAAAAGAACUCUGCAAGCGCAUAAACACAUAAUGAUAGAGGUGAAUGGAAACGAUUGAUAGGCAAAGAAUCUGCUCUUUAGCAGGUGAAAGAGAGGCUUUCAUUUGUGAUCUCCUACCCAACUGCCGCUAUUCAAUAUUCUUUAUUACUGGUGUGAGACAAAUUUGUUUUCCAGGUUUUAGAACCAAAAAAAAUUACAUAGGAAAAAGGAAAUGGCAAUGGAGAAGAUAUUUUGACUUUUGCGACCUUCGACUGAGGUUGACUAGUGAUAAGAAAGGUCUUUUUCAAAUGCGAUAUCUUUUCAGGUCAGGUCUUUUUGUCUGUAUGGGUAGCCUGUUAUCGGACUUGUCGCCUGGGAAUUACCUACCAAACGUCACAGUUGCAACCUCAAGAUGUUUCUUUCCAUCGUGUUGGCAAAUUGUCUGACGGGCGAUGGCACAAAAUUGCGCUCUACCUGUUUCCUCACAGCCAUUUGGGGAAAACAGCUGUUGAGUUGUCCGUUGAUUGUAAGAUGCUGGGUAGAAAAAAGAUAAUGUCAAGAAUCGAGAAUCUUGUUCUAUCGUCAAGGGAUGUGGUGUUCUUGUUUGCCCAGAGAGGUGUAGGGAAGGAAAGCGCCAUGUUGACUUGGAAGGUAGGUUGCAAUCCAUGCUUGAAAAAACUAAUGCAAGUUGUUUUUGUAAGGUUUCCAAAUAGGAGAAAGAAUGUGUACAAAUAUGUUAGAAUGUUUGUUAUGCAUUCAAAUGACGUCCGUUAUGCAAAAUAACUGACAGUUACCGUAGAUAGAUAGAUAGAUAGAUAGAUAGAUAGAUAGAUAGAUAGAUAGAUAGAUAGAUAGAUAGAUAGAUAGAUAGAUAGAUAGAUAGAUAGAUAGAUAGAUAGAUAGAUAGAUAGAUAGAUAGAUAGAUAGAUAACUUUAUUUAAACACGGUUAAAAUUCCUUCAGCAUGUACAAAAAAUCUAAGAUCUAUUAUACCUAACUAAACUAACUCUGAUUAAGAAUAUACUCAUAAAAUUUUAACUACCUAGCUAUUUACAAAAGCUGCUUUUCAAGGAUGCCGUGUAAAACUGUAUUAAUGUAUGAUCUCAUUCAAAACUGUUGCGACACAGUUUACGUUUAAAAUCAUGUAAAGAAUCUGCAGAUCUUAAAUCAUGGGAUAGGCUGUUCCACAGCUUAGCUCCGCUAUAGGAGAUACUUUUCUUUAAAUAAUUGGUACGGGGCAGUGGAAGGACUAAUUUAUUUUCAGUAUUCCUCAAUCGAUAAGAAGUUAUUUCGUCACGAGAUACAAAUUUAGAUGUUAGAUAGUCGGGAGUCAUCCCAUGUACGGUUUUAUACAUCAUAAUAGCCGUCGAUACUUGUCUUUGGUGUUUAAGCUUACGCCAACCCAGUGCCAGGAACAAAUCGUCCACAUUACAAUCAGAAUUAGCGGACAUUAGAAUACGGGCUGCACGAUUUUGGAGCCUCUGCAGCUUAUCGGAAAGACCAAUGCCGCAGUUGCUCCAUACGACAUUACAGUAAUCAAAAUGCGGUUGAAUUAAACUGUCGUAAACAUUAAUUAAUACAUUAAAAGGAAUAAGAUGUCGUAUUCUUUUAAUUGCACCCAAAGCAGAAGCAAUCUUUUUACAAAUACUCUGUAUGUGGCAUUCCCAGCUUAAGUUUUGGUCAAUAUGCACUCCAAGAGAUUUUGCCGUUGACACUUGCAUCACUGGAUGGUCGUUAAUCAUAAAAGAAGGAGUUUCAGAAAGCUUUGAUAGCUUCUGCCUAGAAAAUUUGCCUUGUAUUCUGUAGUUAAGCCGCCGAUAGCCAUAUAUACACCUUGUUUAAAUCGUCGUUAACGCAGUCAUUUAUGAUUUUUAAAUCUGCGCUGGCAUAGGUUAGGCUGGUGUCAUCGGCAUACAUUCUAGGUUGUGAAAAAUGCAAGCAAUUAGGUAGGUCAUUAAUAUACAGUAAAAACAAUAAAGGUCCAAGCAUUGUUCCCUGGGGAACACCACAUGUAACUAAUUUUGGGUUUGACAUUGAGCAAUUAAUUUGGCAAGUUUGGGUACGAUUGUUUAAAUACGAAGUAAACCAUUCGUGACAGGAACCGCGUAAUCCAUAAUAUUGUAAUUUCGUUAACAAGAUAUGAUGAUCAACUGUGUCGAAAGCCUUUUUUAAGUCUAAGAAGACAACGGCAUUGACAAGGCCACGAUCAACGUUCACUGCCCAGCUAUCGGUAGCUUCGAGUAAUGCGGUUACAGUAGAAUGUAAAGAACGAAAACCAGAUUGGUAACGGGAUAGAAUACGAUUCUCAGUAAGAUAGUGAUACAACUGGUCGUAGACUACCCGUUCAAAUACUUUGGCCACGACUGGGAUCACCGAUAUUGGUCGAUAAUUGGUGGGAUCAUUUCGUUUACCAGAAUUUUUAUGAAAUGGAGUAACCCUAGCCGACUUCCACUCAUCGGGAGAAAUUCCUGUCAAAAGUGAUUGAUUAAAUAUUAAAGUAAGAGACUCGGCAAUUAGAUCAGGGCACUCCCUUAAUAAUUUAGCUGAUAUACUAUCUAAUCCAGUGGCCUUUGAUUUACAAAGUUUUGAAAGGAGAGAAUAAAUAUGAGAAGAUGUUAUUUCCUUGAAAACAAACUCCUUAGAAGUUCCACAAAGAAACUCUUUGUAGGUGGUAUCAACAUUCGAAACAUUUCGACUAAGCCUUGGUCCAAUCUCAAUGAAGAAAGUGUUCAACAAUUCAGCAACUUCUGCUUGAUUGCUCGAUUUUAGUCCCUGAUAUUGUAUUUCAUUUAUUAUUGUUUUAUUAGAUUUGCGGGAAGUCAAUUCAUUAAUGGUCUUCCAGGUCUUACGUUGAUCACCGGCAUAAUUAUUAAAAGAAUUAUUAUAAUAGGCCUUUUUAGCAGCCUUGAUUUCCUGAUUUACUUUAUUUUUGACCUUCCGGAAUCGAUUCCAAGAGAACGCAUCCUUAGUUUUAACAGCUUUUUUCUUUAGCCGGUUUCUGAAAUUCAUUCGUUUUUUUCAAAUUUGUGGUAAUCCAAGGAGACUUGGUGGGACGGGUGCGUUUAGUUUUCACAGGGGCGUGCUUAUCACAAACACUUAGGAAUAAUUGAUUAUUGAUUUCUAAAUGUUUAUGUUCCUUUUGAUUGAUUUCAUGGAAACAGCUCUCUGUUUGAGGAAAGGGUGAAAAAAUCGCUUUCCCCAAACAGAGAGCCUGUUCACAGGCUAAUUUAUGUGUAUAUUAUAUGUUGUAGUUAAUUUUUUAUCUCAGGUAAUUUAUAUUUUUCCUUUGUUUCAACUUCAUUAGCGUGCCAUAACCAAAAACAAAAGAAAAGCAAAAAUUACCCGAGAUAAAAAAUACCUGCAACAUAUAUUUUAGUAUGGCACUUGAAUUAGUUCAAAAAAAGGGUGGUGGCUUUCAUCUUUCCUUGGCUUCAAUACGAAGAGGCCCCCAUUUAUUACCACGCUGGGCUAGAGGCACAAAUCUGCACACGUUGAGCUUAUAAUGAUCCUGCCAACUAGUUUAGCUUUUUAGUUAUUUUGGGUGUCCCACUACGGUAUGUAUUGUUUAUUUAAUUAUGUCUUGUAAAUUAUUUAGUUGUCUGUCUACAGUAGUAGAAAUAAACUGAUUGAUUGAUUCCCACCAGUUGUUUUCUAAACCUGACAGUAAACCUUACUUAAGUCAUGGAUAAGCACUUUGUCCUGGUUGCAAAAGUCACGGAAGAGCUGUUGCAAGGACUGAGCAAAGAGGACAUGUUGUGCCCUCAAUCGUGACAUUUUAUUACACUGCAUUAAAUUACGUUGCGUUACCUUACGUUACGUUACUACUUGCAUCUAACGCUUAUUUCGUUGGUUUUAGGGUAGCCUUCAGAAUUUCAAACUUUUGUUUCACGAAGCAAUUGAGGAAUUGAUGAACAGCACAAACUGCUCCUGGCCUAGUUCCAAUGUUUUUAUGGAUGAUGGAGAUCAACAGCAAUUUGAAGCUGGUAAGAUAGACAACGUACGGCAAUCUGCACAGUUUUAAAAAAGCUGUUCCGGGUAAACAAGGAGUAGUUCUUUUUUGAAUGUCCUCACUGACUACUUGGCUAGUCCGCUACUGAGAGUAGACGCGACAUGAGCCGCAUGCGCAUUAACCCUUUAAGCCCUAAGAGUGAUCAGCAUCAAAUUUCUCCUUGUAAUAUCAAUGCUUUGUAAAACAGAGUGUUCAUGAGAAUUACGGACAUGAUCACACAAGAUGAAUUUGCUUGAUAUUUUAUCAACUUCUCCCCACUACUUCUGUAGGAAAUGAAUAGGGGCAACAAACGAGAAUUCAGAUUUUGAUCUUAGGGUUUAAAGGCUUUACACAAAUAAAAUCUUUGCGCCUAUGCUUAUGAUCUUCCCAAUGAGAGCAUGCUGGACAUGCGCAUAGGGACAAUGGCAAGCAACCAAUUCCCGUAUUGGAAAAAAGGAUCGCCAAUUUUAUUUUUUAUGUUACUACUUUCAAGUCAUUUAAAAGCAGUCUGCUUUGCAAACGUUUUUACAUUGGGGCCUAAAUGUCUGUUACAGCGAAUCUACUGACAUCGCGAUCUCAGAUCAGCAGGGGAGAGUUCAUAGGUUCACCAGCAGGACAUGCCGAAUUACCUUCUCUACGCUACUCCAUUCAGGAUGUGAUGAUGGUACUGGUUAGCAUGCAAAAAGAGGCUCAGAGACGUGAGGAAAGUUUUCAGAGAUCACUUAUGAAAGUCAAGGAGAAGCUGCAAUCCCAAGUAAGUUAUCAGACCAUUUAGAUCAUAACCACUAUUUACCUUUCCGUCCUUUGAUUUGGCGUUUAAUUUCUUUUCUUCUGUGGACGAAACCCCAAAUGUAGUACAGUAUAGUCAAACCAGUUUGAUACGGACGACAAAUAGUGUCAGAUCCAAAUUUCGGUCUGUAUUCUGUGUAUAUUGGCUGAAGGAUUGCCGGCUCAGCUUGUCAAGGAAGCUUUAUUAGCUUCAGAACUCGGCUUACUGUAUAAGGCUUCCAAACAGAGUUAAAAAACUCAUAAAUAAUUCACAAAGAAAAAACAAAAGAAAUUAAUGAUUAAUAAGUGUCGUUAUAUCUGAUAAAGACACGGCUAAACUUUACAUCCAAUUUUUUAGACCAAAAUAACCCCAAAUCUAAAUAUUAGUGCAAGAAUGACUUGAGCAAUGCAAAACUCUCAGCUUUGCCUCGAGUUUUUAAAGCUGAUAAUACACUCCUGCCCGUUUUCUUAAACAGUACAAAGAAUGUGUAAAAAUAUGUUGCUUUUUUUAUAGUAGUUAUCCAUUAAAAUGGCCGUUAAGCAAAUAAGUACAGUGGCAGUUACAGAUUUCAAAAUUGUAAUGUGCUUUUAUGGCUAUUAAAGAUAGUACCUUAUUAGCUUCAGGGCUCGGCUUAGUGUUCAUUUUCCAUGGAUUUUCUUCGCCAUCCCAAUUAUUCCGGGGAGAUACUAUGUACCCUAGGGGUAGUAGCUCAACUUCAGCUCAGUAGGAUGCCUAAAAUGUGUGCAAUUCCACAACUGGCUUCGGCUCCAUUCACAAUCAUACACCAACAGCGGAACAUUUUAUGGAAGAAGCUACCCCCAAUAUGAGUUAGCAUACUUACACUGACAUGGUUUGUUUGAACGGUUUGUUUGUUUGUAAUUUGCCUCCUCUGAACAUUGUGUUGUUUUUGUUCCUCUGUUCUUUCGUUGUAUUUAUUGUUACUCCACUUUACUCAUUUAGUAUUUCUGUUAGUCCUUAGACGUUGAUUCUAUCAAGGAAACACUGGAAAACGGAGUCUGUUCCAAUCGCGCCUACUCUCCAGGGACAGCAAAUGGUAAUAACGGAUUUCUUAAGAUAAACACUAAAACGGAAAACAUAGACGUCGUUCGGAAAGGUAAAAUUUUGCGAUAUAAAUGCAAUGCAACAUGAUCUCGUUUUUCGUUUGCAUUUAUUAUUUGGCUCACUGUGUUGAUAUCCGCUGACCUAACUUUCCGCACAGUUAACCUUAAUUUCCGUUGGCCGCAUGAUCAGGACUGCUGACUUUUAACCCUUAACGGAUCAACUCGCGCGUUAACGGAAUAACAGAUUGUAACGCAGGUAACCAAAGUUAGUUGUAGUCUUGCGUUGUGAUCCGCAUAUAUUAUAUUUCUCACAAUACUGACCUAUAUUAAUUGGAACUUUAAGUAAUUAAAUUUUUUCGUCGAUUGAGUUGAUUACGUCAAGACUGCAACUGUCUUUUUGUUUGUUUGUUGUUUCACUGCAGUAAGACCUUCCCACAUUCCAUUUCGAUGUCAUUCAUUGUAUUCAGCCCUGUGUGUUCCCUGUGUGCUCUAUGUUUCUGAUGGUUUUCUUGGUCUUCUUGGCCUUUUCUUUCGAAAAAUUCCAGCGGGCAAACAAGACGGCUAUGCGCGUACGCUGCAGCUGAAUCCAGCCUUAAAGAACUUUGGAUAUUCACUUUUUAGGAGAACAAAAUGUCUGAAGAAUGACAGGGAUCAACUCUAGUGCUUGGUUAUUAAAACAGAACCCAAUCCCUUUUAAAUUUGGCCAUCCAUCACUUUUAAACAUUGUUUGGUGUUAGGGUUCGUUUGAGUAACCGGCCCUUUAGUGUCCAUUUAACUGAGGCCCAAAAGAGGUGUGGUCUUGAAGAGAUAGUCGACUGUAUAGACUUCUAUUUAACUCAAGGGGGCUAAGAAAAAUGAAAAAAGUUGGAAAUAGGUGACGUGGAGGAAGGACGCAAUGUAUUCGCUUUAAAUUUAGGCCCUGUCCACACUAAUGCGUUUUCAAAAGUACGCGUUUUCAUUGUUAUCGAAAACGCAUCGAUCGAUUCGCGUCCACACUACCGUUUUGAUGCGUUUUCGACUGCCCACGCUAAAACUUUCAAAAACGAUAGAAUUGCACGUUGAGACGGAAGUUGAACUCUAUGUGUAUUCUGCAAACACAGACGCCUAUGACUGAUAUUUUCGUCCAUUUUCAUUCUGAUGCGUUUUCGAUCGUUCACACUAUUGCGAUAUGUAUGAGUUUUCGUUUUCGUCCACUUUCAAACGCGUUUUUAGAUCGAUGCGUUUUUGAUGAAAAUGCUCAGCGUUCUAGUGUGGACGGAAGGCUUAAACGCAUCCAGAUGUAUGUGUUUUCAAACGAAGACGCAUGGUUGUGGACGGGGUCUUAAAGCACGAGUUGAUGGAUUUACCCGAUAUUUUUUCUUGAGUGUGUUUUCUUGGGUUGUUUUAGAGAACAAGUGUUCAUUAAAACCGUGUUUCCCCUUCGUGGACUGCGAGGAGACUCCAGGCGUGGGGCUUGGGUUCAAAUGUGGUGAAUGCCCACCUGGUUACUCAGGAGAUGGAAUCAGAUGUAAUGACGUUAAUGAGGUAAGAAAUGAUAUACAGUUCAUAAGACUCGAUUGUACAGUUUUGAUAACCUGUUGUUUGUCCCAGCUGUUUUAAAAAGUAAAGUUAGUUAAGAUUAUUUUGUCGCUUUCCAGAGCCUGUUGUUUUCAAUAAGAUAAUAAUUCUCCUCGCGCUUGAAGUGUACUGUAUGAGAUGAUUAUAGCUAAGUACCAUCUGAUAUAUAACCCGCGUUCUUGGGAACGUCGUAAGGUAUAAAGGAACACAGUGUGCAACAGCUAGUUUGACAAUUUGCAUUGUUUUAGUGGGCAGACGGAUUUCUCGAAAGGAGAGAUACCGGUUUUCGUACAUACCAUGGCGCUCCACUUGCCGUCCUUGGCUUAGCCAUCGAUUUCAUUAAGGAAUACGCAGAGUAGUUAACAUUACCAAAAUUGCUGUAUUGUUUUUCUUGUCCAAAUGGCUUCUGCUGAUCAACAGCUGUGCCAGACGGCCGUUGCGGAAUCAAAUAAUUCAGUAAAUAGACAGCGUAUUGCUGACAAAUCCAACGAACUUUUAAAAUAACCUAAGCUUUGAAGUAUGGUGCCUAACUUCGAUAAAUUCUCUCGUUUCACCGCGGUGAACACUCCUGAAAUGUCUAACCUACAAUAGCUAGACUAGUUUAAAAAUUCUUUGCCAUAGGAAAUUUCAUUUUCACUUCGUUUCACUUUUUUUCCCUUCUAGUGCUUAUAUGAUCCUUGUUCUCCUUACACAACUUGUACUAACCUUCAGCCGGGUUAUGAGUGCGCUACCUGCCCCAAAGGAUUUGUGGGAAAUUCUACCAUUGGAAUAGGAAGAAUGUUUGCUGAGAACAUCAAACAGGUAACAGCAAACCUUAGCUGAGAAAUCUUAGUUUGAAGACUGGUCUAAAACUCCGGUGACUCUGUGGACACGAAGUCCCACUGCAUACAACGUGCUCUGCUGCAAGUGCUGUUGCAUUUACCAUGAAACAACUAGCAGUCGAAACUUUGUAGAAGUGUGCGAGCAGAAACUGAAAAUUCAGUUACACCUGUAUGGUUUUUCUGGCGGUCAAAAGAAAAGCCAGUAGUGUCUUUGAAAAAGUAUGAAUCUAGCCCCUGCCUAAAUCAUAAAAACAAUUUCAGUGAACUUCCACCUUAUCAGCGACCUUGGUUUUACGACCUUAUUUCUUUCGGCGCAAACUAAAAAAAAAACGGUCUUUCUGUGAAAACCCCUAGCUCCUCCCUGUACGAUCACCUCCUUCAUACGACCAGAUUUUUAUGGCCCUUACAGGAUGCAGUUGGUAGGUGGUUAGACUGUAGUAUUUCGUUUUAGUUGGUUGGAGGGCAGAGACCGCCAGCUUAUACGUCAGGGCCGAAUCGCUCAUCCUUAUGAUGAGGCACAAGUCCACCUGGCUAAGUUGUGUUUGUUUGAGUGUUUCUUCUUCUUCUUUUUUUUUUUUUCGUUAGAUCUGCAACGACAUUGAUGAGUGUAACGACGGCAAGAAUGGCGGCUGCUCAGUUCAUUCCACCUGUGUAAACACACCGGUAGCUACUUUUGCACGAUAAUUGCCGUAUUUUAUCGAAUCAGCGCUCAAAGGGCCAGUAGGUUCGAUGGGGGCGCAGGGGUAGGGAGCGGGGGGCGGGGAGAUUAUUCGAGGAGAGACGCUAAAACAACCAAACAAUUACCAGGACUAAGAAUUUGUUUCUAUCAUGUAGCUUUCAUUAAAAAAAGUCAGAUUCAUGGUAUUUCAUGUCUUUGCGAAAGUUAACUCGACCCAGUUUCCUCGUUUCUAAAAUAACGAAUUAUAGAAGGGACGAGUAUUUACAGAGGAGUUGUUUGGGUGUACAAACGCUUUGCAAGUACACGAACGCAUCAGGCACGGGCUAUAAAUUGCAAGAAAAAAUCAAUUUGUUUUUUUAACCUCAAUUGCUAACUGGUGGCUAUAAUUUUAAGUGUAUGUUAUGGUAAUAAACUUAGAGUAGCCCCGUGAAUGAAUUCUCACUGUUUUUAGCGGGGAGGGGAAGGUGUUUAUUCGAGGGGAGGUUCAUAUUUCAAAUUUCGUGUUUAAUGGAGGCGCUAAAUCGCGAAUGGGGGAAGGGUGCUUGUUCAAUCAAUAAUAGCAUUUGCUCUACGAUGUAUAACACACAGCUUUUAGCUUAAGGUGCCCUCGUUACGCCCCUUUCUCUCGGUUUUCCGCGUUGGAGUGGCACUGGGGGUCAAAUCAGAGUUAAUAGUUAUUAAACAGUAAACGCAUCCACUUUCUUGCCUCAUACAGUAGUUUGUGUUCUUUUAUAAACGUUGGUGUUAUUUUUUGUUUUAAAACUGUUUUUGUGGGCCAAUAACAUGGUUUCUGUCGAUAUUAUCCUAAUUCUUUAUUACUCCGCUAAUUCAGGGAAGCUAUUCUUGUGACUCAUGCCAUAAAGGAUAUGUUGGCGACCCUUACAAUGAAUGCGUCCGUAUCAGGUAUUGCUCGGGAGAUCCGAACACAAAUCCCUGUGGAAAAGGCGCUGAAUGUAUACCAAUAAAGGAGGGAGCAUAUUACAAAUGCAGGGUAAGGCAUUUCCGAACGAAGAGGCCUCUCCCCAAAAAAAAGCCCUAGACUAAGCGCUCCCGGUCACACAAUUAUACAGGGCCAUUUUGGUUCACCUCAUUUUGUUUAGAACCCGGAAAAAACGAGGGCUGCGCUAUACAUCUCUUAGUAAGAAGCAUUAUUAUUGGAUGAGACUAAGUAUGAUAUGAGGUGUACUGAUCGAAGGGUGUAUUCGGAAAAAAGCCCCAGCCCAACCCCGAGAUCGAUGAUUGUUUUAUUCAUUUCAAGUAUUUCAAGGUAUCGGCGGAUGUAGUCAUCUUCCAGAUAUUACUCAAAAGCAGUUGACAUCCUUCGGGCGGUACAUUUUGGAUUUGUACUCUUUUCCUUGCUAUCGUUAGAAGUCUUCCGCAAUUUGUUUUUCUGUUUGAGCUCUGAACUGGCCCUCGAAAUUGCUGGACCGCUUUGUCGCUCCCUUCGCUUGACGUCAAUUGGCUUACAAUUUUUCUGUUAUUUUACGAUUGACAUCUGUAGUAAAACAAUAAAAAUAAUUACUCCAACUCUUCCAAAUUUGGUUCGCACUAGCUAGUUAUGAAAAAAAGUUAACGGAAAUAAAAAUAGGAAAAAGAAUGAAUGAAUUAUAGUGUGUUUACAUAACAUAAAACGUAGAGUAAUUAGGGUGCGUUUUGUUCUUGAGACGCUUUGAUUGGUUACAAAUACCUUCCUCUUCUCUCUCCAUCCUUAUCGACUAAAUAAGUAAACACAGUUUUUAAUGGUUAUACACAGCUACUGGUAAACUUAGUAGUUUUCAUUAUGGCUCAAAUAUGCGUAAAAAGCUAAUGAAAGUAUCAAGCUCAUCAGCUUAUCUUUUGAGGACAACUUACCUUAAUUAAGGAAGGUUGGUUCCGCUUACUCCAGGUAGUCACUCGUCCUUUUUUUCUAUCUGUGCAUUUAGCCAAGUGAAUACAAUACACACUGUUGCUUGUGUCGUGGUUGUAAAACUAGUAGCUCUCCAAAAUAAAUAUAAAUGAUGUUUUGGCAACUCUUGAUGAUCGCUCUUUGUUUUCCAGUGUAAACCUGGUCUUGGCGGAAAUGGAUUCCUGUGCGAGAUCGAUUCAGAUAUGGAUGGACUUCCAGAUAAGGCACUGAAUUGUAGCGACCCGCGCUGUUUCAAGGUGUGUGAUGUAUAAUUAAUUCCGAGUCCGCAAAGCAAAGACCCUUCACUGAGAAUUCACGCCCCGUCCUUGUUGUGUCCCGGGGGGAGUUGCGUUACUGGUGCUGAUUUGACCUUAACUUUUAAUAUGUUGAUUCUCUCACUCUUUCGAUAAUUAGGACAACUGCAAAAAUGUUCCAAACACAGACCAAAAGGACAAAGACGACAAUGGAGUUGGAGACGCUUGUGAUUAUGAUUCAGAUGGCGAUAGAUAUCCUGACCAUUGGGUAAUUCAGUAAUUUGGGUAUUCUAUUACUUCUGUACGCGAGUUGAUACCUUAGAGCUCAAUGCUAUUAGUAAGAGUUAUGGGGUUGGUCAAUAGGUCAGUUGAGUGGAAUUUGUGACCCAUUCCUGAAAGCCGGACGAUUAGUGCUAAACGAAACAAAACCAAAAAUAGUUUAGUGAGCAAAACGACACCUCUGCAGUCCAUAGUCAGAGGGGAAGGAGAGAGGGUUGGAGUACAGGAGACCAGAGGGAAAAGGGCGGAAGGUGGAAAUUCUAGAAGGGUGGCACGCGGGAAAAGGGCUGUGCCCAGAAUUAUCACGCCUUUAAUUUCGACUAACCCUUUAUGCGAGAGCAUUUGCUGCAAUGCCAAUUUGUAAAGUAGCGAAGUUUUUUGUUCGUUUUUCUUCGGAGGUGUUGGAAAUGUCUUUGAUAACUGCUUAAUAUUUCGCAUUCUGAUAAAGGCUGAAGGGAGGAGGCCGAAAAUGCAAGGUACGGGAGGCAAGGGAGGUUUGAACCCCGCAUCUCCCCUCCCCAGCCCUAACUAGUCAACUACGACGUGAGACGAUCAAGCGUUUCGUAGUACUGACUGGUGUUUGAAGCAUUCCAGGCCUUUCUUUAUUAUCAUUUUAGGACAACUGUCCCGAUGUUUCUAACAGACGUCAGACUGAUAAGGAUAGAGAUAGAGUCGGUGACGCCUGCGAUAAUUGUGCUAAGACCUCCAACCGUGAUCAGAAGGACGUGGAUGGAGAUGGUGUCGGAGACGCGUGUGAUGAUGACGCUGAUGGUGAUGGUAGGUUAACCAGGGCUGUCUAGGUAGAGGAAACAGUAGGACACGGCUGUGCAUGAUGUUGAUGCAUUUUUUUAAAAUGCAUCGUUGGCUAAACUCAACGAGGAGAAGUUGUCUUUAGUAAGAGAGACGCUACUGGAACAGUCUAUAUAACGGCCUGUGCAUAUAUGGGCAGUCGGUCGGCAGGCUCGGUUGACCGGGUUAGCAUGGUGUUGCGUCUUUAUGAGGAAGAAUUUACAAAAGAAAUACGAACGAAGUAAGAUUUUCGUCAACCGAGCUUGUCUGAAGAGGCCCUCAGAAAGAAAAGUGAAUGCAAACAUUCCGUUGCGUUGUCUUGACUACGCAAUAAGGAGAGGAAAAUCUUCUAGCUCCUGUUACUGAUCUAGAUAUAUGGACCCUUUUACGUCACGUUUCGUGUCUCUCUCUUUUCCGACUCCUUUUAGCGUUCCUCCUCCGGCGCGAAGGGCUGUGCACAGAAUUAUCAAGCCUUGAAUUUCCGAAUACCUCUUUACCAGAGCAUUUGCUGGAAUGUGAAUUUGUAAAGUAGUGACGUUUUUUAUUCGUUUGUCUGUGCAGGUCUUAGAAAUAUCUUUGAUAACUGUCCGCUGGUUCCAAACAGAAAGCAAAGAAAUAGUGAUGGUGAUAACGUCGGAGAUGCGUGUGAUAACUGCCCUACCACCGACAACCCCGAUCAGGCAAGUAAUUGACAUGAGAAAUCUCCCUACCUUCCUGUAACUUCCUGGCGUUUUAUGAGAAUAGGGCACUUGUUCGUGGCUUAUUUUGACGACUAAAUUUCACGUUGCAAAGUAUAAACAGUCUGCUCAAUAUAGGACCGUCAAUGAUUCCUCCCGUCGAGGUUUUUGUAUAUUUUAUUUCUCUAUCUCAUUCGUAUUUUAAUUCCUUCUAGAAUGACAAGGAUAAAGACGGCUGGGGAGACGCGUGCGACCGGGAUCGAGAUUUGUAAGAGUUACGCUCCGUAGCUUGACACAUUUCAUGAUUAUUACAUUAAAUACUAUUCUAGCGCUGAGUCACAUCCAAAUCAAUACUUUUUUGACGUUUUACCUCUCUCUGUUACCUCGUGCUCAACGUAUUGACGGGCACGAACAAAGUUAAUUAAAAACCGACCCUUUGAAGACAAAUUCGAACCAAACAAAGCCUUAGGAACUGACACGAGACUAUACGCAGGCUGAAACAAUUAGUCAAUUUCAGUUGCAAUUCUGGGUCGCUGGUGGUAUUCCCGUUAGGGCCAACAUGCGCACCAAAGGUCUUCAGCGCCUAGUUAAAAACCUUUGAUGGAGGCUGUCCUCACUGUAAAUCUCAUCCCCUUCGUCUUGGAUUCUUUACAUGCAGUGACAACGACGGAAUAGAAGACAAGUUUGAUAACUGCUUAAGUCAACCAAACCCGGAUCAAAUGGACACAGAUCUGGACGGAAGAGGUAACAACUAGCGUUUCAUAACUGAAAGGAAAAGCUCUCGUUAAAGUGCAAAUCAACUUCUUGACAGUACUGUUUGUUUCAGGUGAUGUUUGCGAUAGCGAUGAUGACGAAGACGGUGUUGUUGACUUCAGAGACAACUGCAGACUGGUUUUUAAUGUCGAUCAAAAGCAAACUAAAAGUGGGUGUUUAUCCUUUAUACUACGUUAAUGUUGUUAAUGUAUUUUAAUGUAUUCUCUGAAAGAUCAGAAUCCCGAACACUUGUAAAGUACCUUGUAAGGGCUCGUAAGGCCCUUUUUAAACGACGAACUAUACGUGAUCGAAUUUAAUUUAAACGACUUUAUAAAAAAACAGUUUUUCUAAUAAAUAUGAAAUUCGGCACAUGUUAACCUCGAAGUUUAAACUGGUUCAAGUUACGCCUAACUACCUCACCCUCCUGAUAAAAACAUGCAAUAGAAUGUAUGGAUUUUUAGGGUCCAAUACGAUAUUUUGGGAAAUUACUACCAAAACAAGUAGACCGCGAAUUCAGAGAUACGCUCGACAGUUGAUUUUGGCGCCAGACGUUAACUUGGUUUCUAUCAUGUAAUAGCUUCGACGUUUGUCGUUUGGUACGCCGAGUAUGAAAGAAAAUUACAGCUGUUACGAUGGCCUUAUGUUACCUUUUCGAUGGAGACAACAAAAUUACCUCAUCUUCCGUUGACAAAAAAAAUAAAGAAAAAGCACAGAGAUACUUAACGUAGAAUGCUUAAUGAAGUGUAUUGAGAUCUACUUGGAAUUUUACAAAAUUGCUUCUGCUUUUUCGCAUACUUUUAGGUGAUUUACACGGUGACGCAUGCGUAGACGACUAUGAUGGCGACGGUAUCUCAGACCAAGAGGACAUGUGUCCCACGGACCCUAAAAUAUCAAGAUUUGACUUUACCGGUUAUACGACGCUAAUCCUUGACGCUGAAGGUAGCGAGCAAGAUAAACCUUUUUGGAAAGUAAACAAAAAGGUGGGCAGGUCAAUUUCAUGUUUUAAGAUUCUCAGCAAACUUAAGCCCCUAAAACGGUGUACGCUACGUGUCAGUUUAGGAAAGGCAACUCGUCGACAAAUGAGAACGCAGAAGAGUCCGGUGCUCUAUUUUUCGCCCUUCCAUCGGUCAGGUCGAUUUUUAAAUCUGAGCGCGCCGUCUCCAAUAUCUUCACGUUGUUUGCCUUUGCUAACUCUACUUAACUCGCGACGGUCAAGUAAUCAUUGGAGUUAAAACUGUCCUCGAGUAUGAUUUUGGUUACCAAAGUCAAGGACAGUGGUAAGACGUGCCGUUUUUGUAUCUUCUGACCCAAAAUAUUGCUCCUUCAUAUUAUAGGGAGAUGAAAUCCAACAGGUCGUCAACAGCGUUGCGACAAUCUUCACUGGUAAUUUGAAAUUAAUAACAUUGCAUUAUAAAGGCAGCAGUUUUUAGAACCUUUUUAAGGUAGCUUGCGAUUAUGCCCUCCCUAUAUCCUAGCCUUUUCCAGGCUCCGAGAUGGUUGUGGAAAGUCGUUCAGUAAUAAGAAAUCCCAAGUCGUGCCCGUCUUAUUUUCGCUUUGCUCGUUUUAGUACGUUCCCACUAUACUAUCUGAGAGCCUGGCACAGGCUACCUAUAUCCCUGUAUGUCAUUUUCCAGAAAUAAAGGGUUGAAAUGCCUGAUAGUAAGUUGGUUAUAAAUCAGAUCCGCUCCGGCCAAUCAUAACAGCUGCACUCAGUAGAAUAAACCAAUCAGCAAAUCUGAUUAAACAGCUAUUAGUUAAGAACAAUGAAACAGUUUCAUAACUAACGUGAAAUUUUAUGCUUAGCUACUGCAACUGCAAGACGCGCAAGUGUCUUUUUCUUAAUUCAUGACUAGCUUUUCUUUUUUACCUUUCAUCGAUCAACGCUAGGAAACCAAGUGUUUCGCGAUGUGGAAUACAGUGGUACGUUCUUUGUAAAUACUCGAUCUGAUGAUGACAUUAUUGGCAUUGUAUUUGGCUAUCAAAGUCCCAGGAAAUUCUUUGUCGCAUCGUGGAAGCAGUCAAAGCAAGUUUACUGGGACAGCAGACCGUUCCGAGCCAAAGCAGAAGCCGCGCUCAAUUUAAAGGUGACUUAAGACUUUCCCCACGAAGCUAUUUUCUUAAUAUUUCCGACGUCCCCUAUCCUUUCAAAAAUGUAUUCGAAAAUUCACUUUGUUAAUGGCCCUUCGUGAACUCUUCGGAAUGUUCUUUGUCAAACUCAAAACUCUACGAACACUAAUUGUAGCUUUUGUUCUUUAAGAGUUUAUCACAUCCAAGGCCCUAUGACCGUGGGUUGAUAGACGUACCCACCAACCCACGUUCUGUACAAACAACGGAGAAAUUCAGAGCUGCUUUCUAAAUGGAAUCCAUUUCAUACUGAAAGGGAUAAGAAAAACAUAACCUUUUGGGCUCUGGUACAUCAGUUUCAUACUAGAAAAGUGCAUUAUCCACUAGCUUCAGUUCAUUGUUUUGAUGGAUAUGACCACAAUUUAACUUGCAUUGCUUUUGUCUUUUAGAAAAUUCACUCUGUCAGUGGCCCUUCGCGAACUCUUCGGAAUGUUCUUUGGCACACUGGAAACACUACAAACGAGGUUUUUUAUUCAUUUGUAUUUUUGUUUGUUUGUUUGUUUUUAUUUUUUUUCCUGAUCCUUACUUUGUUCACACCGUGGCUCAAAUGUGUUUCAACUGUACUAUCAUCUCCAAACACUCAUAAUGGCCUUUAAAACUGCAAUUACUUCCGGUUGAUCUGAAGGGUUUCCAUCGAAUAACAUUUGAUAUAUAAGCAAGAUGUUUUUUAAAAAAGUCUUGUUUUUCUUCGGUGUGGUUCAAUAAGUUUUUGGUGGCUAAAAACGUUUGCGCGCGUUUUUAGAAUAGUAAUGGGCCAUUUGCACGAUAACGUGAUUUUACCACUAACACCAGAAUCCUUUAGAGUUUGCCGUCUUUCUUGUGCAGUUUAUGGCUUUUGUUAAUUGAACCUCGCUGGGAUUACAAGAACGUUAAAGGAAAACCGGCAGUACUCAAUCUUUCUAAUAUUUACAUCAUCAUUACAAUUCCAGUUAAAUAAUUGUUUACGUUUACAUUUCUAUUUUUCAUUUGCGUUCACACUUCAAAGGCCACACUUCUUUGGAUUGAUCCUAAGAAGCGGGGAUGGCAGGAUCUGACUGCGUACAGAUGGCAACUUAUUUAUCUACCAUCCAAGAACUCUAUGAGGUGACAAUCUAAAAUAAUGGUAGCUACAAACGUGAAUAGUUACCAUCAAUAACAAACCAGACAGGGGGAAUAUCUGGCUGGUUGGAGUUCGACAAAUGGUCGCGGGUCGCGGGUUGUAUGUUGCGGGUGCGGGUUAGAAGUGCGGGUGCGGUUGAAUAUCGUGGGUGCGGGUUGAAAGUGGCGACCCGCGACCAUUAGUCAAAUUUGGCUGCAUGGAGGAACUGAAAGUACCUGUCAAGUGUCGUAGGUCAGCUGUUGUUCCAGUUUGUUAGACAUAUCUUCCUCUCUUUUGUAAGCGUUGAAGUCUCGAAAAUAUUUUGGGUGCGACAGAAAUGUUUUGUUGAUUGCAUGAAGUAAGGUACGUUUGAGGUAGCUAGGAAUACUUCCCAAUUACCCUACGCUCGCUGAAACGCGGGUUGUAACGGAGUAAAAAGUGAUUGCUAAAACAGGGGUACGUUAAAUGGGAAUCCUGGUCCGUACAUCUUACUAACACUGGAGUUUAAAAUAUCGUGCGUUAUAUUCUGGUUGUUGUUUGAAAGGCUCUUAGUUAUAACGGAUUUCCACUGUGGUGGCUUAAUCUUCUGCACUUGUUUCUUUGCUGAACAGUAUUUUUCAUACUUGUGCCGUGGAGCUACGGACAACCCUCAGAUGCUCAGUAAAGACUUCGAAACCAGUUAGCGUUGGGUCAAGUCUAAUUGGUAUCGUGCUUUUUAGUAUAACCGAGAAGAGUUUAAGAUUCGCUAAAAUGUCGUGUUUAUUUUUUGUUUGUCCACUUAGGCUUAAGAUUUGGCUCAAGUAUAACAAGUUAAUGAUGGACACCGGGGAGAUAAAAGAUCCAGACGUUGGAGCCGGGAAACUGGGUUUGAUGAGCUUCUCGCAAGAAAGGGUGAUCUGGUCUGCAGUAUCUGCUCAGUGUCUUAGUAAGCACAUCCUCUCUCGUCCACGUACGAUUACCGUUAAGAUUUUUAUAUGA